UAGAGCGGACAGAGGUAUUUCAGUCUAUUUCAGGAUCUGUGUGGUGCCGUUCAGCUUCUCCAGAAAUGAUCGGGCUUGCUGCCACCCCUGAGGUUUCUCUGGCAGAUGAGCCGGUGAGGAUUCGAGCUUGGGGGCUUCCCCCGCAGACGUUGAUCACCCUGAGAGCUUGGGUACAGGAUGAGAAAAAGGAAAUAUUCCACUCCAGGGCCUUUUACAAGACUGAUACUGAGGGCAAAGUGGAUCUGGAUCAGUCGGAAGCCACAGGAGGAGAUUACCAAGGUGUUCACCCUAUGGGACUGUUCUGGUCUCUAAAACCAAUUACCCCGUACCGGAGGCUGAUAAAACGGGAUGUUAUGGGGAGCCCUUUCCGUGUGCACCUGGAGCUGUAUCCUACUGUGCUGCUUGUCCCCUUUGAGGAUCAAAUUCCUGCCGUCACUACAGUGGUGGAGAGGUGGUAUGUAGCUCCUGGGGUGCGACGGCUGGAGGUCAGAGAUGGACGGGUCCGAGGAACACUUUUCCUCCCACCAGGUGAAGGUCCCUUCCCAGGAGUCAUUGACAUGUUUGGUGGGAUUGGAGGCCUCCUGGAGUUCCGAAGCAGCCUAUUGGCCAGUAGAGGGUUCGCCUCUCUAGCCCUCGCUUACUUUGCUUAUGAAGAUCUUCCAAGCUUUUUGGGGGUAGUGGACCUCACAUACUUUGAAGAGGCUGCUCAAUUUCUUCUAAGGCACCCUAAAGUGUCGGGGGAUGGAGUUGGAGUGGUCGCUGUGUGCAAAGGGGCAGAGAUUGCACUAUGUAUGGCCUCUUAUCUGCCGCAGGUUCAAGCUACUGUUUGUAUCAAUUCGACCAAUGCAGUAAAUGGCAACCAUCUUACUUAUGGGGAUAUAUCUGUGGAGGGAAUCCCCUUCCAGAUAGAAAGAGUUCAAACACACUCAGAAGCCAUGCAGCUCAGCUCCACUUUAGAGGACCCAAGGAAGCCGGAAUAUCAGGACUGUAUACUUCCCAUAGAGAGAGCCCGGGGCCCCGUCCUUUUCUGCGUUGGGGAGAAAGACCAGAAUUAUGACAGUUUGUUCUUUGCAAAUGAAGCUUUAGCACGGGCAAGGAAAAAUGGCAAGCAGAAUGUGUAUGUGCGGUGUUACCCAGGGGCAGGGCAUCUCCUGGAGCCACCCGGCUCUCCUUUCUGCCCCGUUUCACAAUCCCCUUUCUUUCCUCUUCCCUUAAUGUGGGGUGGGGAGCUUGUACCCCACUGUAUAGCCCAGGAAACAUGCUGGAGAGAGAUGCAGGAUUUUCUCCAUAGCAAUCUUAACCCCUGUACUAAGAGUAAGUUAUAAUGAACAGGAUCCAUAUUGCUUCCUUGGGAUUAUAUUGGUUGACACCAGACUAUAUCCUCAACCAGGCCCUGAAUGGCAAUCUGGCAAACGGCAAAUUCAAUAGUGAGAUAAGUUGUGUAAGUGAGUAUGGUGCCAUAAACAUUCUAAAAGCUACAGUACUCUUGUGCGAAUGGGAUUGGCAGCAAUGCUUGGCAAUGUUAAUGCUCCCCUGGGAUGUGAUUCCUCAGUUGUGAAAUAAAGAAAAUUCCCUGUAUAUCCAGGAAAA